ACUAAUCGAUAUUGUAUGUGAAAUUUUUCAACAACAAUAAACAGUAGAAUUGUUUUCUUAAACAAUGAAAUAAAUAAUAUAAUGAUACCAAAACAAAACUCAAUUGAAAGUUUUUGAGUAAACAGUUAGACCCUGUAUUUUGGUUUUAGUUUAUGUUUAAGCAAUCCAACAGUUCAGCGACAGUAUAAGUAAACUUUGUGUGUGUUCACAGUAAAACAAAAACAGUAAAAUAGCAAUAAGAGGGUUAUAUUUAUUACUUCAUAAGUAAAAUAAAACAUUUCAAAAUUCCCGUGAAGUUUAAUAAAAAGAUUGUAAAUAUGCCUGCAGCCACUACCCCUCCGGCUCAGGCAGUUUCUGAAAAACCAGAUAAAUCAGAAGAAAUUUGGAAUGCGCUCAAGAGACAUAUUAUGAGAGAAAGGCAGCGCAAAAAACAAGAACAGGAAGCCGAAGUUGAAGAGGAGAGGUUAAGAAAGGAAAGAGAAGCACGGGAGAGGCAAGAUGUUAUGACAUUAGGUGAAACUAGAGAACAAAUACUUCUAUUGGAAAAAAAAUUAUCACAGUUGAAAGACGAGAAACAUCUAUUAUUUUUGCGUUUAAAAAAAGUAUUAAAUGAAGAUGAUAAUAGAAGACGGCAGUUGAUUAAAGAAAAUAGUGAACAAAUGAUGAUGCAUUCGAUGCCCCCUCAGCCCAUGGUUCAUCAACAGAUAUUUUUACCUCCUGUCGGAGCUUCAGCUAAUGCAAGACCUAUAGGACAACCUCAUAUUUUAGGCCAGCCUCAACAGUUAUUACACAAGGCACCAACACAAAUAAUUGGUGGAGGUGCUAUAAAACGUGGAAGAAGCCCUUCUCCAACUCCUAAUGUUGGGGGUUAUUAUAAAACAACUAACUACAUUCCACCAAAAGUAGAUGAAGGCAGGAGAGGGGGUGAAGUUGCUCGUGCUGUGCUCUGGAAUAAACCAUCUCAAUAUACAAAUCCUCCUGGUACACCAUUCUAUCAGGUUGCUCCUCCCAUGUCAACAGAUAAUCGUCCAACUCAAAUGAUUUAUUCUACAUAUGCUCCAAAAUUGCAAGUGAUAUCACACAGGCCUGAACCAAAUAUUCGACAAGCCCAGAAUUACCAUAUUGAUUUAAAACAAGAACCCGGAAAAGCUUCCACAUCUGUAUAUCACAUAAAUGUAGAUCCCAAGCCAACUAUUAGUGACCAAAAUAUGCAUAUGUCUUUAUCAAUGCCUGAAAAAAUGAUAACUGAUAGAAAUUAUCACAUUGAUCUGAAACACGAUGAGAGAAAAAUGCAGCAGCAAGAGAGAACUGGGUACAUUGAUAAAAAUUUAGCUCCUCAUGGUUUAGCAGUAGCACCUCCUCAGCAAUCUCAAGAAACUAUCGUGUAUAGCAGACCGAUGCAUGGAGGUGGCAUGCCAAUCACUAAUUCACCACAGAAUCAGAAAACAGGUAGUAUUACUUCUGGAUAUCCAAUAAGACCACCUAAUGCUCAGCAGAACCCACCUAUGUUGUAUCCACGGCAUCGUUACUAGAAAGUUAGCUAAAUACAUCCCCUGUUUUACAUAGAAGAUAUGUUUCAUAAAAAAGUGUGUAAUUCGAAAAAUUCACUUUUAUAUGGAAAAACCGUGCUAAACGAAAAUCGCUAUAAAAACAGCUCUUUUUGUCAGUUUUUAAUAUAAUAUACUAAGUUAUACACACAUAAAAUUAAGUUUUGAUCAUAAAACCGGGAGUUCCCAGCAUUUUUUCAAAAACAGUGUAAGUCCAAAAACUUGUUAAGAGAGUACUGUGUAAAACAGGGCAUAGGGCAUAUGCAUGUUUAGUGCGCAGUCAAAUCUUGCUUAAUCAUAUUUCAUACAGUCUUUACAAAAAUUUCACUAAUUUCUUUAUUAAGCUGUUAAUAAAUUUUGAAUUUUAUUCCACAUUCUGUGUCUAAAUAAUAAUAAUCUCAAUAUCUAAAUACUUAGAUAUUUUACAGGAAAAAUAUUAAAU